AUGGGAGAUGUAGUCCGGUGUGCCGGGGCCGAUCGGAGCUGCAGGCCGGUGUGCCGGGGCGGAUGGGAGCUGCAGUCCGGUGUGCCGGGGCGGAUGGCAGCUGCAGUCCGGUGUGCCGGGGCCGAUGGGAGAUGUAGUCCGGUGUGCCGGGGCGGAUGGGAGCUGCAGGCCGGUGUGCCGGGGCGGAUGGCAGCUGUAGUCCGGUGUGCCGGGGCCGAUCGGAGCUGCAGGCCGGUGUGCCGGGGCCGAUCGGAGCUGCAGUCCGGUGUGCCGGGGCCGAUGGGAGCUGCAGUCCGGUGUGCCGGGGCCGAUGGCAGCUGUAGUCCGUCCAGCGGCGCUGUGCCCGGGGCGGAUGGCGCUGCGCGGCUCGCUGCGGGCCGGCCGGGCGCUGCUGCGGCGGCCGCCGGCCCGCGGGCUCUGCAGCCGGGUGCGUGCGCGGAGGGACGCGGGGCGGGCGCGGGGCGGGCGGGGAGGCUCCCGGCUGAUCGCGCCCUCCGCUCGCCUUGCAGCCCGGCCUUCGGGUUCCUGUUCGAUGUGGACGGCGUGCUGGUGCGGGGCAGCCAGCCCGUGCCCGCCGCCCGCCGCGCCUUCCAGAGGCUGGCGGACGGCGGCGGGCGGCUGCGGGUGCCCGUCGUGUUCCUGACCAACGCCGGGAACUGCCUGCGCUCGGCCAAGGCCCGAGAGCUGUCCCAGGCGCUGGGGCUGCAGGUGUCUCCGGAGCAGGUGGUCCUGUCCCACAGCCCCCUGCAGCUCUUCAGCCAGUUCCACCAGAGGUGCAUGCUGGUGGCCGGGCAGGGGCCCCUGGAGGAGAACGCCCACGACCUGGGGUUCAAGCAUGUGGUCACCAUAGAGGCCCUGAGGAAGGCAUAUCCCCUAUUAGACAUGGUGGACCUGAGCCGGAGGCCGAAAGAACUGCCUCCUCCCACCACUGGCUUCCCCACUAUAGAAGGAGUGAUUCUGUUUGGUGAGCCAGUGAGGUGGGAGACAAGCCUGCAACUCAUUGCUGAUGUACUCCUGAGCAAUGGGAACCCUGGGGCAGAGCUUCAGGAUUUACCAUACCCUCAUUUGCCUAUCCUUGCCUGCAACAUGGACCUCCUGUGGAUGGCUGAAGCCAAGAUGCCCAGGUUUGGCCACGGCACUUUCCUUCUCUGCUUGGAGAGCAUUUACAAGAAGGUGACAGGCAGGGAGCUGAAGUAUGAGGCCUUGAUUGGCAAACCCAGCCCAGUCACCUAUCGCUAUGCCCGAUACUUGAUCCAACAGCAGGCAGAGAAGCAGGGCUGGAAGGCUCCCAUCCGACGCCUCUAUGCAGUUGGGGAUAACCCUAUGUCUGACGUCUAUGGGGCAAACCUCUACAACAACUACCUCAAGUCAGCUCAGCAGAGCCAGGUCCAGGCUGGGCUGAAGAGGAGCCCACAGGCAGCCAGUCCCCAGGUUGAGGUUUCCCUGGAGCUGAGGAAUGACUGCAACAACUCGGUGGAGAGCUGCGAGUCGAUUCUGGUCUGCACUGGGGUCUACCGCCACAACGGCGACAUUCCCAAGAAAACAGUGGAGACAGUGUUCCAUGGACAUCGGGACUUCUCCUUCGACCCCAGCCUGCUAGAGGCAUCUUACAUAGUGCAGGAUGUGGAUGAUGCUGUGCAACUUGCUUUUAAAAAAGAAAACUGGAGCUAGGGGUUAAGACAGGUGUGCCUAAAGAUUUGCUGUAAGGGGGUUUAUGUACUGGAAAGGGUAGAGGGGAAGAAUGGGGAGGGACCUGGGGUGAUUUUUUAAUCUAGCUAAUGUUAAAGAAAACUCCCUGUUGCAGCACUAAAAGCCCCUUGAUGUUAUUGGUACUCAUCUGCCAUCCUGACAGCUGCCCACAGACUUUGAACUGUGAUUGUACAUUGCUGCCAGCCAUAAUUGAGCCAUAAUGGAAACAGGGUAUAAGGAGUACGCUUGUCCCAGCAAUCCCCAUUUUGUUCAGCUCUCACAGCUCAUUCUUUUCCACACUUUGUGUGCAAAGAUCAGGGGAGCCCACCCUCCUCUUUGUGAGCUGUUUGAGGGCGAAGCUCUUCCCCACACAAGGAGCCACUAUCAGCCAUUUGUAGAAUGAGCUGUUUGUCCAGGCUGUGACUCGAGCAUGUCAGAAGCUGGGCUGUGGUGGCUCCAUGCCAAGAGAGGGCUUCAAGGCUUAACAUUCUCCUUGUGAAGAGUAAGUGCCUAUGGACUCGAACAAAUUCUCUUUGCCUGGGGAUUUGCCCCUGCAUCACUGUCAGCCUGAAACAAAGUUCUGUUUUGCAGUCAUCUGGCAGCUGUGGAGAGGCAGGGCCCCUCAAAGGAAGCUUCAGUAGCCAGAGCAACUUGCUGCAGGGCUGAGGUGAAAGUUAUAUUGUUCCCUCCCCCCUGUUUAGCAUUCUGUGAACACCCCUGCCUUUUCACAUCCCACUAGGGAGCCAGCAGCCUGCAUUCGGCAGCAGAGGAAACCACCACAGAGUUUGAAUUGGCAGAGUUGUCUUUGCCCAGAACUCAGUGCUGCAGCAAGAGGCUCUUUUGGCACCCACUCUGAUCCCAACUGUUUCAAGGAACAUCCACCUGCUCCAGCUGGCACAGCUUCCAAGAGGGGCCCUUCUUUGGAACAAGGGCCAAACAAAAAGAGUCACAGUCCACCUUUGCUCCUUCCUUGCAUGCAAAGAUUCAAAGAGAUCAUCAGGCCAGGAUAGUACCAGAGCCCCAGACUCCCAAGCCUGAUCUUUUAGAAUAAAAAUGUCUGUGUCUUCCAGA